GUAAAUUCCUGUCGGACACGUCGGCCCAGUGGAGGAACCUGUCGGUGGAGGUGCGUAGCGUGAGGAGCAUGCUGGAGGAGGUCAUCUCUAACUGGGAGAAGUACAGCAGCACGGUGGCUGGACUGCAGGCCUGGCUGGAGGACGCAGAGCAGAUGCUCAACCAGUCAGAGAACAAAAAACGGGACUUCUUCCGGAACCUUCCUCACUGGAUCCAGCAGCACAUGGACAUGAAUGAUGCAGGGAACUUCCUGAUUGAGACAUGCGACGAGACCGUCUCCAGAGACCUUAAGCAGCAGCUGCUUCUUCUCAAUGGGAGGUGGAGAGAGCUGUUUGUUAAAGUCAAACAUUAUGCUAGAGCGGAUGAGGUGGACAAGUUGAAACAGGACUAUCAGGACUCUAUCGCUACUCUCAAAACUUUCAUGAAUGCAACCAAUGACAAGAUGACUGCCCCUGUCCAAGUGUCCUUCCUGAAUGUCAGGACAUUCGUUCAAGAUGUUGAGGACAUCAAGCACAAAGUGCCUGCCAUGGAGGCAGCCUGUAAGACAGCCACCCGCACCGCCCAACUACUGACCAAGGACACAUCCCCGGAUGAGGUCUCAACGAUGCUGGCUGUCAUGGCUUCUAUCAAGGAGGAGAUGAGCAAGAUAAGGGAGAGGUGUCUGCCGCUGCUGCGGGAGGCCCAGUCACUGCUUCCCCCUCUGGAGGAGAUGGAGAAGAACAUCACAGGGUUCUACCAGGCUCUGGAGAAGGCUAGCCACAUCACCUGCUCCAGGGACUCAGAGGCCCCUGGGGACUUCAAACAGAAAUGCCAAGAGCUGGUGACAUUCACCCAGAGCUGUAAGAAGUGUCUGACAGUGAUUGAGAAGAACCAUCAGGGCAUCCAGAGAACCCUGGACAGCAGUAAGACCCUACAGCACAUGGACAUGGCCCUGCUGCAGAAGAGAGUUGUUGACCUGCAGGCAUCCUCACAGGCCAUGAUCAAGGAGUCCACUGACUGGAGGAAACACAUGGAGGCCAACAGCAGCUUAAUGAAGAGGUUUGAUGAGUCCCGUGUCGAGCUGGAGAAGGUGCUCAAGGUGGCUCAGGCCUCUCUGACAGAGAGAGGCCACCCAGAAGACCUGCUCAGAAAACACACAGAGUUCUUUGGGCAGUUGGACCAGCGGGUCCUCAAUGCGUUCCUGAAAGCGUGUGAUGAGUUGACAGACAUCCUGCCAGAGCAGGAGCAGCAGAGUCUGCAAGAGACAGUCAGGAAACUGCACAAACACUGGAAGGAUGUCCAGACAGAGGCGCCCUACCACCUGCUGCAACUGAAGGUAGAGGUGGAGGGAAGCAAGCUGAUGGUCUCCCUUCAGGAGUGUCAGUCAGAGCUGACCAGGGAGAACAGACACCUGUCUGGCAUGGGGAGCGAGAGGCUGGUCAAGGAACACAGGGGCUUCUUCAGAGAGAAGGGUCCUCAGUCUCUGUGUGAGAAGAGACUACAGUUGAUGGAGGAACUGUGUCAGAAGCUCCCGGACAGAGACCCAGCCCACCAGACUCUGGACAGCUCUAAGAAGGUCUACUCUGAACUCCGGGAGGAGAUAGACAGCACCCAUCACAAACUGAUGCAUCACCCUGAUAAGUGGAAGGAGUUUAACACUAGGUUCUCUGAGCUGUCAGCCUGGCUAUCGUCUAAAGAGAGCCAACUCAGACUGCUGAGGAAGCGAGCCAAUGACCCCAGCAAGUACGGACAGGUCAAGUCCACCAUUACAGAGCUGAGGAACGAUGCAGAGCUGCAGGAGGGGAACCUGGGCUGGCUAAAAUCCCGUCUGUCUGUGCUGAUAGAGAUCUCCUCUGAGACAGAUGCACAGAGGCAGGCUGGGGCCCUGAAUAAACUUUCCACCAACUUCAAGGGCCUCCUCUUCUAUCUAACUGAGUCUGAGAAGUUGGUCCUGGCGGUGGGGGACUGUGUGCAGUUCAGGGAGGAGGUGCGUGGUACGCUGGAUGAGCUGGUGCAGGGUCAGCAGGAGGUACACCAGGAAGUGACCAGGAUACUGGACUCUGAGACCGUCAGGGAGGCCCAGCAACUGCUCCAGGUUCACCAGCAACAGCUGAAGCGUCUGCGUAUGAAGAGGAAGGAUGUGCAGCAGCAGAUCGCCAGGGGCCAUCAGCUACAGGCUGAGGAGGGGCUGGGGGAGUCCUUACAGCAGGACCUACAGAGUCUGGAGACAACCCUCAGCAAGAUGGACCACACCAUGGACUCACAGGAGCAGGAGUUAGAGGUGACCCUGUCUUCGUGGCAGGAGUUUGACAGUCAGCAGAGGGCAGUGCAGGAGUUUGUUACAAGGGCCCGCUCUGUCAUGGACAGAGACCUCAACUUCAGCAGCCCAGAGAGCCUGGCUACUGAUCUGGACCAGUCCAGGGUCCUUUUAAAGCAGAGUGACGCAGAAGCCUCCACGGUGAACACCUUGUUAAGGAAAGCAGCAGAGAUCCAGCUCGGCCCAAAGAACAGCACCCUGCUACAGAAGCAAGCCCGCUCCCUCAGUGAACAACUGGACAAAGUGGAGGCUGGCCUCAAGAAAGAUGUCAAGGCUCUUGAUGGGAUGAAGACUCAGUGGGACCGGUUCGGGACAGAGUUUGAGGCCUUCUCCUCGUGGAUCUCUGAGAAAGAGAAAGAGCUGGAUGCUUUAAAGAGUUCCACUGCUCCACUUGGACAACAGAUCAACACAGUAGAGGCGGUGGGUAUGGAGCUGGGGGACAGGGUGGAGGUGUUCUCCCAGCUAGAGGCAGAAUCCCAGGCUCUGGCCCAGUUUAUCUCCUCUGGGGAGGCAGCCCGCGUCAAGGCCCGGCUCACCCAGAUUGGCAGGUACUGGGAGGAGCUGAGAGAGAGUGUAGACCAGUUAAAUGGACAGCUACAGGAGAGCUCCUCCACACAGCACCGCUUCCACACCAGCCUUGAAGAGACCCAAACAACUCUUGGUGAUCUCCAUGAGAAACUGGACCAUCCUGUCACCUCCUGUACCUCCUCGUCAGAGACCUACAAAGGACUCCAGAACCACAUGGAUGUGUGCCAGAGCUUGGAGAGGCUGAAGGCAGCCUUCUUGUCCCUGUCUGCUGGGGCACGUAGACUCAGUGACAGGGAGCAGGCUGAGAGGGCCGUGGCAGCUCUACAGAUCAGCUAUGACCAGAGUCUACGGCAGGCCAAGGACAAACAGAACACACUGGAGAAACUGCUGUCUCUAUGGCAAAAGUAUGAGAAGGAUCGUUCGAGCUUUGUAUCCUGCUUGGAGAGAUGUGAGUCUACAUCCAAAUCUGAGAGCCAUUGCCUGCCUGCAGAUAAAACAAAGCUACAGAGUGAGCUGCAAGACUUGCAGGAUUUGCAGUAUGAGGUGGUGUCGCUGGAGCCCCUCCAUACUGGCCUGGUGAACUUAGGAACAUCUCUGUACCCCACUGCUCCAGUGGAGCGGGCAAGAGAGCUUAGAGAGGACCUGGAGCAGCUGAAGAAGAGAUGGAGCUCCCAGAAUGAACUCAUCCCUCACAGAAUCCAGGAGCUCCAGAGCCACCUGUCCCAGGUGGAGCAGUUUGACCAGGCCCUGCAUACGUUUUCUCAGUGGAGUGAGACGCUCCUUUCCAACCUACACUCAGCUUCCCAGGUCAACAUCACAGACCUGCAGCCUGCUGUGGCCCAAGUCAAGGAGACUCUGGCUGCACUUCAGAAGCAGAGCGGUGUGAGGGAGAGCCUGGUGCUUCAGACAGAGGGUCUGUGUGCCUCGUGUGAUCCCCAAGAUGCUCAGCUCCUCCAGGGGAGACAGGGGAGCUGCCUACAGCCCUACCUGGAGGCCCAGCAGCUGGCUGAAGUCCGUCUGGACUGCUUGGAGAAGCUAGAGGCCUUGCUGGAGACCCACGGUGCAGCUGCAGGGGUACUACGAGGCCUGAGGCAAACGGUGGAGAGCGCAGGGAGCUGGGACCGGGGUCGGGUGGAAGAGCUGCAGCGAGAACUGGAGGCCAUCGUCCCAGACAUCAGCAGACUGGAGAACCUGGCAGCCAGCUUGGACAGCAGCCUCUGUAAAGGCCACCUACACGUGGUGAGCAGCACUGCAGAGGGAGGCACCCGGACGUCGUGCCGGGUGCUGGCUGAUGGUCUCAGCGGAGAGCUAGACAUGGUGAGGAACCUGGUGGGAACCAAGCAAAGUGAGGCAGAGGCUUUGGGAGCGCUGUGGAGCUCCUUCAGGCAGAGGAAGGAGCAGCUGCUGAAGAGUGUGGAGGACAUCGAGGAGAAGGCGGACCACCAGAGCCUCAGAGAACCCAGCCCACUUGCCCUGCAGCAGAGGCUGCGGUUCUUCAACCAGCUGGAGGAUGAGCUCCAGUCUCACCAACACGAGGAGCAGUGGCUUAGGGACAAGGGCCAGCAGCUAGCCCAGAGAGAUGCAGAGCUGGCUGGGGAGGUUCUCCGAGAAAUCAGCCUCCUGGAAACCACCUGGGAGGACACCAAGAGACUCAUCACUGACAGACAGGAGCAGUGCAGUCUUCUGGUGGAGCUGAUGAGAGAGUACCAGAGCUUGAAGACAUCCAUAACAACCAUCACAGAGAACACUGAGGCUGUGGCUGACAUAGGUUCUGCUCUGAAGGACCAUGAGGAGACCAAGAGAGCGCUGUCUAAGCAUGAAGCAGCGAAGGCGGAGACGUCAGCCAGGCAGAGUGAGCUCGACCAAUUUUCCAGUAAAGGGAAGCAGCUGUUGAGUGAGCUGAAGAAGGUCUCAGACUGUGAGACCCAGCUAAUGAGGAAGGACAUGGAGACACUGGUGGACCAGUGGCUCGAUGUGUCGGAGAGGGUUGAAGACAACAUUGAACAUCUGAUCCAGAGCUUGGCGUUAUGGGACGAUGUACGCCAAAUCAGCGAGGAGAUCGAGGGAUGGACAACCAACUCUGUGAUGGAACUCAGUGAGAGCCUGAACAACCUCAACGACAGCCAGCGGAUGGAGACCAAACUCUCUGCAUUACAGGUGGAGAUGGGAAAAAACGAGCACAAGCUUGUAAACCUGCAAGGGAAAGUGUCAGAACUGAAGCAUCUCAGCCGUAGCCAGGAAACUCCAUCCAAACUACAGGUGCUGGAAGCAGACUUGAGGAAGAAGAUGAGCCAGGUGCAGAAGCUGUGUGAGCAGGCCAGGGGAAACCUCCGGGACUUCAGCUCCCAGAGGAAGCAGCUAGAGGACUACAUUACUCAGAUGUCUGAUUGGCUUAAGAGCAUGGAGCGAUCCCUGACGAGCUCACCGAUUGGCUCUGACCCAGAGGACAUCUGCAGAGUCAAGGACCUCCAGAAGGACCUUCAGAACCAGCAAGGCAGCAUAGAUUCUACCAGGGAGAGCCUGAACACUCUGUGUCGGAAGUACCCUUCUGAGGAGCUGGCUGGGCUGGGCAGUGCCCUCACUGACCUCAUCAAGAGCUACGAGUUUGUCAACCAGCUCUCCUCCAGGACCCUGGCGUCCCUGCAGCACGGCCUGCAAAAACACUUCAAUGAACUGGUUCGGGAGUUCCACAACUGGCUGUCUGGGCAGAGGGAGGUAGUGAAGGAGUGCUCUGACCGAUCAGGAGACACUAGCAUCGUGGAGCGCAAACUCCAAAAGCUAAAGGGGGCUCUGGAGCGUGUGGAGGAAGGGGAGGUGCGUCUGACUCAGGUGUGUGAGGAAGGAGAGAAGCUCCUUCUCCAUCUCCCUAAGGCCAGCGCUGGCCAGGUGCAGCAUCAUCUCUCCUCCAUCCAGCAGGACUGGGACAGCUUCGUAGAGCAGUGUAGACUCAACCAACAGGCCCUGGAGGACAGCACUGCACAACUAAAUGGGUUUGAGGGGCGUCGGAAGAGGCUGAAGAGUUGGCUGGAGCACAUGGAGCAGAGGCUGAACACAGAGCUGCCUGAGGAGAAACACAGGGAUCCUGAGAAGGCAACACUGGAGAGGGUGGAGGGAUACCACCAGGACGUGCUCAAAGAAAGGGACUCGUUCGAGCGACUGUGUCAGGAGUCGCAGGCCCUGAACGAAGGUGGACGGGGCGACGGUGGCGAGACGCGGGCGGCUGCGGGGCUGCAGUCUCAGCACCAAGGUCUGCUGCGGAGGGUGAGGGAGAGGCUGCGGAGCUGCCAGAUUACCCUACAGGAACAGCAGGCAUUUGAGGAGAUCCUGCAGAGCACCUGGUCCUGGCUGAACGGUGUACAGGAACGACUGGGGAGCCUCAACAGUACACUGGGGAACAAGGAGAAGCUGGAGAAGAGGCUGGGACUUGUACAGGACAUCCUGCUGAUGAAGGGCGAGGGCGAGGUGAAGCUGAACAUGGCGGUAGGGAAGGGCGAGCAGGUCCUGAAGCACAACAGUGUGGAGGGACAGGAGGCCAUCCGCUCCCAGUUACAGAACCUAAAGGAUGCCUGGGCCAACAUGCUCAUGACCGCCAUGAGUUGUCACAGUCGACUAGAGUGGACGGUGGCCCUGUGGAGUAGCUACCAGGAGAGUAAGGGUCAGCUGCAGCAGUGGAUGGAGUCUGUAGAGCAGGAGGUGGUUCUGGCGCUCGCCCAGCAGCCAGGCCUGAAGGAAAAGGCUUCUCUCCUGGAGCGUCUCAGAGCCCUGCAGGCUGACGUGGAGGCUCAUACAGCACCACUGGCCAGGCUGACAGAGAAGGCUGCAGAGCUGCAUGAGAAGACAGGCGACCAGGCCUUCGGACCAGAGCAGAGAAUGGAGCUCAAUGCGCACUUUGCUGAUAUCACCGCUGUCGUCAAGAGUAAGGUUCACGCCAUGGAGAACAUAGUGACAGAGCAUGAGCACUACCUGGAAGCUGUGAGGGACUUCAAUGAUUGGCUGACCUCUGCCAGGGAGGAGCUCCAGCGCUGGUCGGAUCUGUCAGGAGACUCCACCUCUGUAAAGAGGAAGCUCGCCAAAGUUCGGGAGCUGAUAGACUCCAGGCAGUGUGGCCGAGAGCGUCUCAGUCAGGUGCAGCGUUGUGGGGCUGCAGCGAGGGACCACACGGGCUCCGGGGGCUUCGAGGCAGUGGAGAGGGAGGAGGCAGCCCUGCUGUCUGCCUGGGAGCACUGGGAGCGUGGGGCACUGCAGACCAGGGCAGGCCUGGAGACUGCGCUCUCUCAGAUCGCCAGCUCAGAACAGGAGUUUAACUGCUUGGCUGCUCAGCUGGAGCAGAAUCUGCAGGAGUUUAGCAGUCAGCUGCAGGAGUGGCGAGACAGACUCUCUCAGACCGAGGGGAAAAACUGUGGGGAUGAGGCUGUGCAGGGCUGGCAGAUUGCAAAAGACACUCUGGAUGGCCUGGUUAAAGUGGAGCCCAUGUCAGACAGUCUGAAGUCCCAGCUCAACGACCUAUGGCGGUUCUCCAGGGACCUGGGCACUCCAUCAGAGAGAGUGUCCUCCGUCAUCAAGGAGUACAACAGUCUGAGCCUGCAGGCCUCCAGAGAAUGCCAGAGCAAAGAGAAGCUUCUGGAGCAGCGGUUCCGUGCCACUUUCCGAGAGUUCCAGCAGUGGCUGGUUAACGCCAAGAUCAUCACAGCCAAGUGCUUUGACGUGCCUCAGAACCUCAGCGAGGCCUCCUCCAGCCUGCAGAAGAUACAGGAGUUCCUGAGUGACAGGGAACAGGGCCACUCCAAGCUGAAUGCUGUGGUGCUAAGUGGUGAGCUGAUGGUCAGUAUUGCUGCCAAAGACCGAGUGGACACUGUCCGGGCCAAGAUUAGCAGUGCCAGAGAGGACUGGAAGACUCUGAUGUCCAACCUGCACCAGAGGGAGACUGCAUUACAGAACCUCCAGUCUCAGAUGAAGGACUUUGAGGCGAGUGCGGAGCCCCUUCAGGAGUGGCUGCACGGGACAGAGGUUGCUGUACACGAGAGCAGCACACGACUCCACGACCUCACAGCUAAAAAGCAGGAGUUGCACAAGCUGCAGUCUGUGCUCGAGGAGUUAGCCUCUCAAGAGGUUCAGCUGAUCAGGCUCAAAGAGAAGGCCCAGCUGCUGUGGGACGGACACGCGGCCGGAAAGGGCUUUGUCCACCGUGUCUCACAACUCUCUGCACAGUACCUAGCUCUAACCAACAUGACCAAGGAGAAGGCUUCCCGUAUCGACCGGAUCGUCACCGAGCACCAGCUGUUCUGCCAGGGGCUGAAGGAGUUGCAGAACUGGGUGGCCGACACCAGCCACAUGCUGCAGACCUACUGCACCCCCACAGCAGACAAGAACGUCCUGGACAGCAGGGUGAUCAAGCUGGAGGCUUUGCUGACAGCACGCCAGGAGAAGGAGAUCCAGCUGAAGAUGCUGGUCACCAGGGGAGAGUCUGUCCAGAGGAACACCUCAGUAGAGGGAGUACCAGUAGUCUGCAAGCACAUCCAGGAACUCAAGGACUCCUGGGAUGCCCUGCUUUCCACCUCCAUCCAUUGCAAAAGUCAGUUGGAGGGAGCCCUUUCCCAGUGGACCAGCUACCAGGAGGAUGUGCUUCAGUUUGUGGGCUGGGUGGAGCAUGUUGAGGAGAGCCUGGACACAACAGACAAACAGUUCUCUGAGAUGAGAGACAAAACUGCCAACCUGGGUAAAGCCAAGCUUCUCUAUGAGGAGGUGCUGAGCCACAGCAGUCUGCUGGACACCAUCACUAUGAAGGGAGCCAACAUGGCCGAACAUUACGUCACACAGCUAGAGCUCCAGGACCUGCAGGAACGAUACAACACCGUCAAGGACAACGCCAAGAGUACGAUGGGGAAAGCAGAGGAGCUUGUGCAGGCCCACCAGGACUACCAGAGAGGCCUGCAUGUGUUUGAGGCGUGGCUGGAGCAGGAGCAGGAGAAGCUGGGCUGCUACACACAGCUAGAGGGGGAUGUGGAAACCCUGGAGGAGACGCUUCAGAAACUACAGGAGCUACAACUCCAGUGCACGGAGGGCCAGGCCCUGCUCAACACUCUGCUAGACAGUAGAGAUCAGGUUGUGCCAUGGGGGGUCCCUCAGAUCGAGGACCGGGUCCUGGAGACUGUGCAGCAAGACUGGCGGUUGUACCAGGGGAGGCUGGGAGACACCAGGGGCCAGCUCAACAGUGCCCUGGCCAAGCUCCGCCAGAUGGAGCAGAAGUUUCAGCGUCUGGACAGCUGGCUGAAGAGCAUGGAGAGCAAAGGUCAACUACGAAGCCAUCGGAGGUCAUCCCGCGCCACCAAGGACGCUCAGCUGCAACUAAUUAAGGGUUGUCAGGAGGAAGUGCUGGUGUACCAGGAGGAGGUGGAGGGUCUGAGUGUUCUAGCCCAGCAAGUGUUGGACGAGACACACAUCAGCAGCCGGGUCAGCACCAGAGCUACCCAGCUCACCGCCCGCUACCACGCCCUGCUACUGCACCUACUGGAGAGCAUCAAGCAGCUGCAGGAGGAGGUGUAUUGCAUAGAGGAGGCCCAGAGUGUGUUCAGUACCUUCUCUGAUUGGCUGAGCUCCGCCAAGAACAACUUCAGCACCGUGGCCAUCAGCAUCGAUGUAGUGGACCGUGUUACCAUGGAGAGGAAGAAGAAGAAACUGGAGGCUCUGCAGGGUGACAUGGAGCAGGGCCACAGCUUCCUGAGGACGAUGCGUGAGAAGACGGAACGAGCCAUGGCCUUCCUGGAGGAACCAGAGGCAGACCAGCUGAGGGAGGAGGUGGACGCCCAUCUCUCCCAGCUAGAGGGCCUGAUGGUUGGGCUACGCACUGAACACAGCUCACUGGAGAAAUGCAUCUCCCUUUCCAAAGACUUCCUGGACAAGUACAAGGCCCAGGCUCAGUGGCUCACAGAGACCAAGGCUCUGCUAGGGAUGCCUGUUGAACCCAAAGCUGAGCUCUAUCAGAAGAAGGCCCAGUUAGCCAAAUACAAGACGAUCCAGCAGACAGUGCAGUCUCACGAGUCAGCAGUGAGGUCUGUGGUUGAGAAAGGAGAGGCUCUGCUGGAUUCGGUCCGCGACUCUACCAUCAGGGACAACAUGAGCAGACUACAGACAGACUACCAGGACCUCUGCACUGCAGCCAGGGGCCAGGUUCAGACACUGAUGGAGUUGGUGAAGGAGCAUGAGGGCUACAGCAGUGAGCUUCAGGAGGUGGAGAAGUGGCUCCUUCAGAUGUCCAGUAGGCUGGUCACCUCAGACUCCAUGCAGACUUGCAGCAUGGAGACUGCCACGCAGCAACUAGCUCGGCACAAGGCAAUCAUGGAGGAGAUAGCUAGCUUCGAGGAGCGCCUGACCAGUCUGAAGGAGAAGGGAGAUGACCUGAUGUCCAACUGUACUACAGACCAGGUCCAGGCUAAGAUCAGCCAGCAGGUCCAGGCUCACCAGCAGGGCACCAGAGACAGUUACUCAGCCAUCUGCAGCACCGCACAGCGUGUGUACCAAAGUCUUGACAGGGAGCUGCAGAAACAUGUCAGUCACCAGGACACUUUGCAGCAGUGCCAGACCUGGCUCUCCACCGUCCAUGAGGAGCUCCGGCUGCAUUGUCAACCUCCCUCUGGCCUGCAGGAGGCCCUCAAACAGGUGAAGCACUACAGGGCUCUACAGGAGCAGGCCAGUACAUACCUGGACCUGGUGUGUUCUGUGUGUGACCUAUCUGAUGAUGCUGUGAGAGUCACUGUUGCUGAGGUCCAGCGGGUCAAACACACGAUCGAGGAGAGGAUGUCUAGCUCCCAGGGGCUGUCGGAGGGCUGGAAGGAGAUAAAGGAGCAGAAGCAGGAGCUGUCUGGUCUGUUCCAGGACAUGGAGCAGCAGCUCCUCAGUCUCUCCAGAAGACCAGCCGAGCUCGAGACCAAGAUCGCCCACAACAUGCUCACCCAGGCCAAGGAGUUUAGCAAUCAGCUGCAGAGUAAACAAGCCACCCUAACCAGGAUGACAGAGAGUGUGAAUCGUCUGACUGAGGGCCAGGCCAGCCCGGAGCAUGGGGAAGUAGGGCGUCUGAGCCACUCCUGGCUGGAGCUUUGUCACCAGGCUAACAGGCUGCAGGAUCAGAGGCAGGAGGACCUGCAGAGGACUCAGGAGUACCACGACUGCAUCACAGCCAUGGAGGCACUGUUUGAGCAGGUGUCCAAGGAGUGGGACAACCUGGCCAGGACUGAUGCUGAAAGUUCAUCUGAGCACUUGGAGGCGUUGAAAAAACUUUCCGUGGCUCUCAGAGACCAGAAGGGAACUCUGGAGGACCUGAAGGACCAGAGGCAGAAAGUCAUCUACCACCUGAAUCUUGACGAUAAAGAGCUGGUCAAAGAGCAAAUCAGCCACUUCGAGCAGCGUUGGGCCCAGCUACAGAGCCUCAUCGACAGGAAGAUCCAGGACUCGGUGCUGACCUUGGAGGACAUGGCCCAGGUGGAGGCCCGUCUGAGGGAGGCCAGGGAGUGGGCCGAGGAGCAGCAGCCUGCCCUGUCUGAAGCCAUGAAGAUGAGUCCUCCUCCAGAGUUGUCCCAAAGCUUCCUGUUUGACCACCUCAGCAUCUGCAGUGAACUGGAGGCUAAGCAGCUGCUUCUGGCCCAGGCCAUGACCGACGCUGACCGCGUCCUGGCUCACCUGGGGCUCAACGAGCGCCAGCGCCUGCAGCAGCUCAUCUCAGACACCCAGGCUGAGGUGGAGUCACUCAGUGUGAAGGUGGCCCAGAGGAGGAAGCACCUCAGCAAGGCCUUCACAGAGAGAACACAGUUCCUGCAGGCUGUCAACCAGUCCAUCACCUGGGUUCAGCAGAAUGAGAAGAAGGCCCAGGCAGAGGAGUACAUCGCCCUGCUACCUGACGACCUGGCCAAGCAGGUGCGAACCUGCAGGAACAUCCAGAGCAGCCUAAAGGCCUACCAGAGCGAGCUGACCUCCCUGUGGUCCCAAGGCAGAGACCUGAUGAGGGACGCCACCGAGGACGAGAAGGUUGAGAUGCUCACCAAGCUGCAGGAGCUGCAGAACAUCUUUGAGAAGGCCCUGCAGAAGUGUGGCCAGAGGCUGCAGGAGCUGGAAAAGGUGCUUGUCUCCAGAAAGUACUUCAAGGCAGACCUGGAGAAGACAUGUCAGUGGUUGAAACAGGCAGACAUAGUGACCUUCCCUGAGAUCAACCUCAUGAAUGGCGACUUGGAGCUGAACGUGCAGCUGUUGAAGUACCAGCAGAUAGUAGAGCAGGCGAUGGAAUAUGAAAACCUCCUACUGAUCGUCCAGAGAGCUGGUCAGGAGAUCCUUCCCACUCUGAAUGAAGUGGACCACUGUUACUUGGACGAGAAACUCAAUGCUCUCCCACAGCAAUACAAUAGCAUACUGGCUCUGGCCAAAGAGAAACAGGAAAAGAUUGAACAGGCCAUUCUAUCCAGAAAGGAGUAUGCCUCCUUCAUAGAUGUAACACAUAAUGCAUUGAAGGAGCUUGAGGAGCAGUUCCAUAACUUGGGGACUCAGCCUGUUGGUCUACAGACAGAGGAGGUUGUCAGUUUACAGAACGAUUACAAAGCUCUUCAGGUUGAUCUGAGCAACCUUGGUCUGGCUGUCAGUGAACUAAACCAGAAGAAAGAAGGAUUCCGAAGCACUGGUCAACCCUGGCGGCCUGAAGAGAUGACCCAGCUGGUGAGCCUCUACAAUGGGCUCAAGAGGCUCAUCGAACAGCGGGUGGAGCACCUCGACGACACGCUGGAGUCCUUCGAGGACCACAAGGCCAUGGCCAUGCAGGUAGACUCGGAGCUGAAGGCUACCAAAGAACAGCUGGUCAAGGUCAACGCAGAGACUCAGUCGGCGGAGGAGAGGCUGAAGAACUACCACGCCCUGGCCGGGAGUCUCCAGGGCGCCAGCUCUCAUCUUUCUAGACUCAUGGAGCAGAUGGACAACCUGGCUCCUCAGCUGGACCAGGCUGCCCACGAGUCCUCCAGAGAACAGGUGGUCUUGUGGCAGGAGGAGCUGCAGUCCUUGCAGUCUGCUGUAGGGGAGCUGAUAGUGGAGUGUGAGAAUAGGUUUGUCCAGAGUAAAGACUUUGAGACGGAGGUGAAGCGGACCCUGGACUGGCUGCAGCAAAUCAGGGAUGAGCUGGACUGUGCUGUGGUGGUGGACGUGAGGGUAGAGAAGGUCCAGGAGGAGAUCAGGAAGCAGCAGAUUAUGCAGGAAGAGGUCCAGUCCAGGCUGAGGAUCGUGGCUGCUCUGAGCAGCAGGGAGAAACAGAAGUACACCAGCGCCAAUGAGCUGGUCCCAGCCCAUGUUGACUUGAGCCUGGAGGAGAUGGCCAAACUACAGGCUGAUGUACAACAGGCUCUGAGCUCCAAACAGAUCACCCUGGAGCAGGCCUUAGCGUUGUGUCAGAAGUACCACUUCCGGAUGCAGUCAGCGUGUGAGUGGCUGGAGGAUGCAGUGGCCUUCCUACAACUAGCCAGCUUGGGGGUGGACGUAGAGAACUAUGAGGAAUGUCUACGCCAGCAGGAGGACAUCAUGGCCUCGGAGCAGGAGUUCUUGGGCCACCUGCAGGAGUUGGAGGCUCUGCCCCCCCAGCUGGAGAACCUGGUUAACCAUUCAGCCAAGGAGCAGCUUAGGCUGAGUGUGGAGUCUGCUCAGCAGAGAGGAGUGGAGGUCCGAGAUCAGCUGCAGUGUCACCAGGACGUCCUGAUCAGCUGUGUUGCCCAGUGGAAGUCCUACCAGGAGACGAGGCAGACAGUGAUUGAACUGAUGAACGAGGCAGAGAAGAAGCUGACUGAGUUCUCCACCGCCAAGGCUGCCACCUUUCUGGAGGCAGAGGAGAAGCUCAGGAGUCAUAGGUCCCUGGUGUCGAUGGUGAAUGGGUUCCAGGAGAAGCUGACCGGGCUGGAGGAGCAGGCAUCCCAGCUGGAGCUGGUGGGUAGUGACGCCAGCAAGGCCACCAUCAGCCGCUCCAUGACCACGGUGUGGCAGCGCUGGACCCGGUUACGCAGCGUAGCACGAGGGCAGGAGAGGGUCCUAGAGGACACGGCCCAGGAGUGGAGGACAUUCAGGGAGAAGAUGGUGAAGCUGAGGAACAUGGUGGACGAGCUUCAGAGCCGUGUGAUAGACUGUGCUGUGGAGAAGGCCUCCAAGGCCACCUUGCAAUCUGUGUUGGACCAGCAUGAGCUGCUGAUCCAGGACAUGGAGAGGGAGCUGUCCUCCCUCACCCUGCUGCGUCAGUACGCCCUCAGCCUGCUCCAUGACGUGGAGGUCCCCUCACCAUCCCCCACCUCCGGACAGGACGAACUGCCCAGUCUCAAGGAGAUCAGAGCUGUACAAGACCGCAUGGAAAGUCUGCUGCAGCAGGCGCGUACCAAGCGUAGCCAGGCUGGGAUGGAGCUGAGGGAUAGAGAGGAGGUGGAAAAUAACCUGAGUGUGGUCAAAGCCUGGAUCCAGGAGACCAGGGAGCUGCUUCUCAACCCUACCCCGGAUAUCGAUGCUCUGCUACAGGAGCUGGAGGUGGUGCACAGUGAUGUGAUCGGGUACCGUCAGCAUUUGGAUAAGAUAGCUGAGCAGCAGCAGAGCAAGUAUCUGGACCUGUACACCAUCCUGCCCUCAGAGAUCUCCAUGCAGCUGGCUGAGGUGUCGCUUGCACUGGGGGCCAUCGAGGACCAGGUUCUAUCCAAAGAGAGAGAGAUUCAGAAGACGAGAGACAUCAAGGAGGACUUCAGUUCCAGGAUCCAUGACGUGUCGGAGAAGAUGAAAGCCAUCUCCACCAGACUCAAAGACAAAGCCAGUGAUGUCGAACACGCUAAAGACGAGACCAAGUGUCUUUGUGACGACCUGGAGAGCUGCCGUCGGACUCUCUCAGAGCUGGAUGCUGCGGUCCAGGAGUUCGGCAGACGGAACCCCGUCUUGGCCAAACAGUUGAGCGAUGCCAUAGUCAAGUUAGGAGACAUCCACCACCACACCGCCCGACUGGCCGAGUGUAGAACCAUCUGGCUCAAAAAGGCCGAUGCCCAUCUAGAGGAGUACAGUGAGAUGCUGGACUUCAUAGUGAGGUGGUCGGAGAAAGCCAAGGGCCUGGUGAGGGCCAACAUCAUCUGGAACUCCUCCCCUCAUCUGCAGGAGCAAAUAAGGAUGUACCAGUCUGUGCUGCGUGAGUCCCGGGAGCUCCAUGGGGACCUGCAGGCCAUGGGAGAGAAGGUGGAUCUGCUAUCUGAGGUGCUGCAGACGGAGAACAUGUCCCAGCAGGUGUGUGAGCUCAGCCGCAACACCGAGGAGCUCCAGCAGACCAUCAGGACACGACUGCAGAGCCUACAGGACGCAGCCAAGAGUAUGGAGCGUCUGGAGUACGAGGUGAAGACCCUACACAUUGCUCUGGAACAGGUCCAAGCUACACUGACCUCUCCUGAGUUGGCCCGACAGAGUCUCAAGGAACAACUGGCCCAGAGACAGCGUCUUCUGUCGGAGAUGGAGGGCUUCAAGCAGCAGGUGCAGGUGGUGCAGCUGUGUCAGAGCGCCCUGCGCGUCCCAGAGGAGGUGAUGCCUGGCCUGGCUAUCUGUCGCACGGCACUGGGCCUACAGCAGGAGGCCAGCCAGCUGCAGCAUGUCGCAAUACAGCAGUGCAACAUUCUACAGGAGGCUGUUGUGCAGUAUGAGCAGUAUGAGCAGGAGGUGAGGCACCUCCAGGGGCUGAUAGAGGACGCCCACAGAGUCAUCCAGGACCGACCCAUUCCCACCAACAACAUCCAGGAGCUGCAGGCUCAGAUCCUACACCAUGAGGACCUGGCCCAGAAGAUCAAGGGUUACCAGGAGCAGAUAGCCAGUCUGAACUCUAAGUGUAAGAUGCUUGCUGUGAAGGCCAAGCACGCCACCAUGCUACUCACUGUGAGUGACACGGAGGGGGAGGGGCUUACUGAGGAGGACCUGGAUGGAGACACACACAAACCCUCUGUAGUCAUGAUGGGACUGGGACGAGCCACCCUCACCAGAGCCCCCAUACAGGAGCUAUAUGACCCGACAUUUGAAUCUGUGGCCAACUUCGAUGACCUGCAACGCUCCUGGGAGACCUUGAAGAAUGUGAUCAGUGAGAAGCAGAGGACUCUGUACGAAGCGUUGGAGAAGCAGCAGCGCUACCAGGGUUCUCUCCAGUCUAUCUCCUCUAAGAUGGAGUCCUUAGAGGCCAAACUCAACGAGCCACUGGAGGCUGACAGGAGCACAGACAGUCAUAUGGAAGCCCAUCAGGCCAUGGGUGAGGAGAUCCAGAGUCUGCAGGAGGAUAUAGACAAGCUGCAGACCAGCUUCUCAGAGGAGCUGGGUACUGAUGCUGUGGACUCGGACACGGCCGACCGGCUAGCCAUGCAGUCCACCCUCACUGUCCUGGCUGAGAGGAUGGCCACCAUACAUAUGAAGGCCACAGGGAAACGACAGCUUCUGGAGGAGCGUACGACUGACCAUCUAGAGGAGCAGCGUCAAGAGCAGGCCUUACAACACUACCUCGACCAGGCUGACCAGAUGGACCACUGGCUGCUCAGCACCCGCUCUGCACUCACAACCUUCCUCCAGCCCAGCGUUAAGGAGGAUGAGGAGGACAUGGAGGAGCAGCUCAUAGACUGCCAGAACAUGCUGCAGGAGAUUGAGCAGAAGGUGGUGGCCCUGUCGGAGCUGACCAUGCGGAGCGAGAGUCUGUUGCUGGAGGGGAGGCAGGAGAUGCGGAUGGACAUGAGGGCGGACGCUGAGCAGCUGGCCAGGAAGCUGCGGACGCUGAAGGGAAGUCUGCUGGAGCUGCAGAAGAUGCUGCAGGACAAACACAUCAACAUUCAGGGCUUUCUGCAGGACCAGGAGGACAAUGAGUCUGACUCUAGCCUGUCUCCGGGGCCCAGUGUACAGGACUGGCUGGCCCAGGCCCGUACCACACGCUCACAACAUCACCAGGACAGCCUCCAGAGACAGAGGGAGCUGGAGGAGCAGCUAGCAGAGCAGAAGAAGCUGCUCCAGUCAGUAGCCAGUAGAGGAGAGGAGAUCCUGAUCCAGCAGGCCUCACCCAGCAGUGUCAGUAUGACAGAGCCCUUCUCUCCGGAGCUCCUGCAGGAGAGAGAGACCCGGGCUGCCCAGCAGCAGAUGAGACAGAGGUGGGAGAGCCUGAGGAAAGAGCUCAGUACCAAACUCCAGCUCCUACAGAAAACCCUGGAGCAAGACAACAAGCAACCGGUUUACUCCAGAACGGCCAGAGUGACCACCUCUGGGACCCUGUUUAAAGGAGAGACAGAUAAAACAGAGGACAGGCCUUCACUGAAGACGUUAUAUGAUGGUUUCAGCCAAACAAUGGAGGAGAUGUCUUCUCGGACUAAGGCCUCUGAGGGCCAGGUGAUGCCAAUGGAGCAGCAGCUCUACCAAGCCGUGUCAGCUACCUCCUCCUGGCUGGAUGAUGUAGAGAACACCCUCUUCUCUGGUGCUGCCCUGCUGGCCGAGAACGCGGAGACACAGCUACAAAACCAGGAGGCCUUAGGGAAGGAUGUCAGUGAGGUGAAUGGGGAGGUGAGCCACAGUCGGGGUCUCCUGGGCCAACCUACAGGGCUGUGUGGGGAGGACCAGGCCCUGCUAGAGGACACACUGGACUGUCUGACAGAGAGGCUAGGGACUAUGGACUCUGCCCUGGGGCGACGCUGUGAACACAUGAGGACCAGGAUGGAGGAACUCACUGCCUACCAGACGGAGUCACAGCUUCUCCUCACUGAUCUAACCGACACCAAGUGCCAGAUUCUUCAGACAUUGGCGGGAGCCACGGACAGAGCAGCCUCCAAACAACUUGAGGUCAUUGCUGAGGCUGAGGAGAGUUUGAGAGAGUUUGAGCGGAGGAUUACCCAGCUCAAAACCAGAGGAGCAGAGCUACAGGCAGACCAGAUCUCCACCAACGAACUGCUAACGCUACAGGAUACCUACGAGGAGCUGGUGAUGACGGUGGGGUCACGGCGUAGCGGCCUGAACCAGAACAUGGCUCUGAAAGGCCAGUAUGAGAGGGCUCUACAGGAUCUGGCUGACCUGGUGGACACCGCUCAAGACAAGAUGGCUGCCGACCAGAGGAUCAUCGCCAGCUCUGUGGAGGAAGUACAGAUCCUCCUGGACAAGCACAAGGAGUUCUUCCAGGGUCUGGAGUCCCAUAUGAUCCUGACAGAGACAUUCUUCAGGAAGAUCAGUGGCCUGGUGGUUCCCAGGGACAACCAGAGUCUGGAGGAGACUCUGGCCCAGGCCCAGGGAGUCCUCAAACAGGCCCACAGGAGAGGAGUGGAACUGGAGUACAUACUGGAGACUUGGAGCCGUCUGGUGCAGGACUACCAGGCUCUGUGUAGACAGCUGGAGGCAGUGGAGGGUAGCAUCCCCACAGUGGGCUUAGUGGAGGAGACUGAGGAGAAGCUCACUGAGAGGAGCUCACUGUGUCAGAGUCUGAUGGAUAGACUGACGGAGCACCAGCACAAGCUGUACCAGGUCCUGGAGGAGGGGAAGAGGUUGCUGCUGUCUGUGUGCUCUCCUGGCCUGGAGAACCAGCUCACAAUGCUGGGGGAACACUGGCUAAGCAACGCUACCAAGGUCAACAAGGAGCUGCAAAGACUAGAGGCCAUUCUCAAACACUGGACCAGGUACCAGAAGGAGUAUGCAGAGCUAAAUGGCUGGCAGCAGUCUGCUCUAGAACGUCUGGAAAUCUGGAACACACAGGCAGACUUGGUUCCACAGGAGAUGGAGACCAUCAGGAAUCAUCUCUCUGCCUUCCUGGAGUUCUGUAAGGAGGUGGAGACUCAUUCAUCUCUGAAGUGCUCUGUGAUGACAGAGGGCAACCAGCUCAUGAGGCUGAAGAGGGUUGACACCGCAGCCCUGCGUUCUGACUUGGCCCGCAUGGACUCACAGUGGACCCAACUACUCACACGCAUCCCAAUGGUGCAAGAGAAGCUACACCAGCUUCAAAUGGAGAAGCUGGCCUCUCGCCACGCCAUCUCUGAGCUGGUCAACUGGAUGUCUCUGAUGGAGAUUGUGAUCAAGGAGGACGAGGAGAACCUGAAGGGAGCAGUGGGGUCGACUGUCAUCCAGGACUAUUUACAGAAGUAUAAGGGCUUCAGAAUAGAUGUGAUCUGUAAGCAGCUGACGGUGGACUUUGUGAACCAGUCUGUGCUCCAGAUCAGCGGUCCAGAUGUGGAAAGCAGGCGCAGCGACAAGACAGACUUUGCGGAGAGGCUUGGAGUCAUGAACCGACGCUGGCAGCUACUACAGGGACUCAUCACGGAGAGGGUCCAGUUCCUGGAGACUCUGCUGGAGGACUGGUUGGACUAUGAGAACAACAUACAGGGCCUGAAGACCUGGCUGCUCACUCAGGAGGAGAGGCUGAAGAGGAAACACAGGAUAGAGGACCUAACCUCCGUACAGAACGCCCUCAAAGACUGCCGGGAGAUGGAGGAGGUGGUGAAGGAGAAGGAGGGUGAGGUGGAGCGCGUGGAGGAGCAGGCCUGUGCCCUCAUCCAGAACAAAACAGAUGAGGCCUGCGCUGUUGUCAUGGAGACGCUCCAAGCUGUCAAUCACACCUGGGCUAACCUAGAUCACCUUAUUGGGCAGUUGAAGAUCAGCCUUGUGUCAGUGCUGGACCAGUGGACUCUGUACAAGCUGUCUUCAGAGGAGAUGAACGGCUACCUGAUGGAGGGGAGGUACUCUGUGUCUCGCUUCCGCCUCCUCACCGGCUCCCUGGAGGCUGUACAGUUACAAGUGGAGAGUCUACAGAACCUACAGAAGGACCUGGAGAAGCAGGAGAGCAGUCUGAGGAAGUUUGGCUCUGUGACACACCAGCUGCUGAAGGAGUGCCACCAGUCUGUGUCCGACUGCCUCAACAAUACCCUGAAGGAUGUCAACGCUAGGUGGAGCAGUCUGCUGGAGGAGAUCUCUGAGCGUCUGAGGAGCAGUAAAGCCCUGUUACAGCUGUGGCAGCACUACAAAGAGCUGUAUGAACAGAGCUGCUCCAGCAUCCAGCUGCAGGAGGAGCAGGCUGGCCAGCUAUUGGAGACUGCCUGCAGCAAGGACAUCGCAGACGAGGAGGUGUCCACCUGGAUUCAAGACUGCAGUGAGUUGCUGCGGGCUCAGGUUCCAGUGCAGGCAUCUCUACAGGUUCUCCAGGAGCUGGGAGAUCAGCUGAAGCAACAGGUGGAAACGUCUGCAGCGUCCGCCGUCCAGUCAGACCACCUCUCUCUAACCCAGCGCCUUGCCACCGUGGAGCAGGCCCUCAGCAGGCAGCUCAUUACACUACAGAUGGGAGUCCAGGACUAUGAGACCUUCAGUGAGCAGCUGGAUUCGUUGGGGCGCUGGAUGGUGGAGGCCGAGGAGGCUCUGAAGGUCCAAGAUCCCAACGGUUCUUCUGACCUGUCCAUCAUCCAGGACCGCAUGGAGGAACUCAAGAGAAAGAUUCUGAGAUUCAGCAGCAUGGCCCCUGACCUGGAACGUCUGAAUGAGCUGGGCUAUCGGCUUCCUCUUAACGACACCGAGAUCAAACGCAUGCAGAACCUUAACCGGAGCUGGUCCUCAGCCAAUGCCCAAACCACUGAGAGAUUCAGUAAACUGCAGUCGUUCCUGCUGCAGCAGCAGACGUUCCUGGAGAAGUGUGAGACGUGGAUGGAGUUCCUGGUACAGACGGAGGAGAAGCUAGCCGUGGGAAUAUCUGGGAACUACCAGAGUCUGAUGGAGCAACAGAGAGCACAUGAGCUAUUCCAAGCUGAGAUGUUCAGUCGUCAGCAGAUCCUUCACUCCAUAAUCAGUGAUGGCCAGAGGAUGCUGGAGCAGGGACAGGUGGAUGACAGGGAUGAAUUCAACCUGAAGUUGGCAUUGCUGAGUAACCAGUGGCAGGGUGUGGUGCGUCGCACCCAACAGAGGCGGGGUAUCAUCGACAGCCUAGUCCGCCAGUGGCAGCGCUACAGGGAGAUGGCGGAGAAGCUGAGGAAAUGGCUGGGGGAGGUUUCACACCCUGCCGAGGCCCUACAGGUUGGGGUGCCCGUACCCCUGCAGCAGGCCAGAUCCAUGCUGGACGCAGUUCAGCUGAAAGAGAAGGUCCUACAGCGGCAGCAGGGCAGCUACAUCCUGACGGUGGAGGCUGGGAAGCAGCUUCUCCUGUCUGCAGACAGCAGGGUGGAGGUGUCUCUGCAGGGAGAGCUCACAGGCAUCCAGGACCGCUGGAGACACGCCAACAUCUGCCUGGAGGAACAGAGGAGAGAGCUGGCCAACCUGAUAAAGGACUGGGAGAGAUGUGAGAGAGGCAUAGAGGGUUCUCUGGAGAAGCUGAGGGCGUUUAAACGGCAGCUCUCUCAGCCCCUCCCUGAUCACCACGAGGACCUGCAGGCUGAACAGAUGCGCUGCAAGGACUUGGAGAACACGUUUGACGGCUGGACAGAAGACCUAGCCCACCUGACGGUGCUGAGGGAGUCCCUGUCUAGCUACAUCAGUGCUGAGGACCUGUCUGUUCUACAGGAACGUAUAGAGCUUCUGCACCGCCAGUGGGAGGAGAUCUGUCACCAGCUAUCCCUUCGGCAGAAGCAGGUGAGUGAGAAGCUGAAUGAGUGGGCCGUGUUUAACGAGAAGAACAAGGAGCUGUGUGACUGGCUUACCGACAUGGAGAGCAAGGUGUCCCAGAAUGGAGACAUCAGCAUCGAGGAGAUGAUCGAGAAGCUACGCAAGGACUACCAGGAGGAGAUAGCGGUGGCUAAGGAGAACAAGCUGCAGCUGCACAAGAUGGGUGAGCGCCUGGCCAGGGCCAGCCACGAGACCAAGGCCUCUGAGAUAGAACACAAACUCAGCAAGGUGGGCGAGCGCUGGCAACACCUGCUGGACCUCAUCGGAGCCAGAGUGAAGAAGCUGAGGGAGACUCUGGUGGCAGUGCAGCAGCUGGAUAAGAACAUGAGUAGUCUGCGGUCCUGGCUGGCCCACAUAGAGACUGAGCUAUCCAGACCCAUCGUCUAUGACACCUGUGAUUCCCAGGAGAUACAGAGGAAGCUGGACCUGCAGCAGGAGCUUCAGCGUGACAUAGAGAAGCACAGUACGGGUGUGGCGUCUGUGUUGAACCUGUGUGAGGUGCUGUUGCACGACUGUGACGCUUGUGCCACGGACACAGAGUGUGAAUCUAUCCAGCAGGCCACUCGCAGCCUGGACCGCCGAUGGAGGAGCAUCUGUGCCUUGUCCAUGGAGAGAAGGCUCAAGAUUGAAGAGACAUGGCGUUUAUGGCAGAAGUUCUUAGAGGACUUUGCACGUUUUGAGGAGUGGCUUGUGACCUCAGAGAAGACUGCUGCUCUGCCCAACUCGUCAGGCGUGCUCUACACUGUGGCCAAGGAAGAACUAAAGAAGUUUGAGGCAUUCCAACGUCAGGUCCAUGAGAGUCUGACCCAGCUGGAGCUGAUCAAUAAGCAGUACCGCCGUCUGGCCAGGGAGAACCGCACCGACUCCUCCUGUCGCCUCCGGGAGAUGGCCCAUGACGGGAACCAGCGCUGGGACAACCUGCAGAAGAGGGUGGCCUCCAUCCUCCGCAGACUCAAGCACUUUAUCAGUCAGCGUGAGGAGUUUGAGACGGCCAGAGACAGCAUCCUGGUGUGGCUCACGGAGAUGGACCUGCAGCUCACCAACAUAGAGCACUUCUCAGAGUGUGAUAUCCAGGCCAAGAUCAAACAGCUCAGGGCGUUCCAGCAGGAAAUCUCUCUGACCACUGGGAAGAUUGAGCAUAUCUUCCACCAGGGUGAGGUGCUGCUAGAGAAGAGUGAGCCUCUGGAUGCCGCUGUUAUAGAGGAGGAGCUGGAAGAGCUGCAGAGAUACUGCCAGGAGGUGUUUGGACGUGUGGAGCGCUACUACAAGAAGCUCAUACGCCUACCGCUAACAGGUGACGAGUACGACGUGUCAUUCUCGGACCGGGAGUUUGAACUAGAUGAACCUGGGGACCUGUCCAGCAUUCCCUGGAGUGAGCGUCUGGGAGACUGCCUGAUGUCCCCUCUACCCUCCCUAAGCCACUCUGCUUCCCUGGCUGCCCCUCUGCGGACUGGUGCUGAGCGCUCGGGCAGGGACACCCCAGCCAGUGUGGACUCCAUCCCCCUGGAGUGGGACCACGAUUACGACCUGAGCCGGGGGCUGGAGAGCGCCAGCAGGGCCCUGGGCCUGGCGUCUGAGCAGGGGGAGCACGGAGAUGAGGGGAGCUACCAGGGAUCAACUUCUGCCUCUGCUCUGUCAGAUGUAGUGAUCCCAGAGAGCCCUGAGGCCUUUGUUAAACUAACUGAACAAACCCUGAGGUCCUUGGAUGGAGAGGGAGGUACCCUGGAGACUCACAUCCUACAGUUGGACAAGGUUCUGGACACAAGCCGGUUCCACCUGCAACAGACAGAGAACAUAAUCCGCAGCCGCACCCCAACUGGCCCCGAGCUGGAUGCUUCAUACAUGGGAUAUAUGCGUCUGUUGGGCGAGUGUCGUGGUAGUAUAGACACGGUGAAGAGGGUGGGCUACGAGCUGAAGGGGGAUGAGGACAAGGCCUCAGGACUCGCUGACCCCAUUGGUGGUGAUUCACAAACAACAGGUGUGAUAGAACGUUGGGAGUUGCUGCAGGCCCAGGCCCUCAGUAAAGAGAUGCGUCUGAAGCAGAACCUUCAGCAGUGGCAGCAGUUCAACUCUGACCUCAGUGCCGUGUGGGUGUGGCUGGAGCAGGCGGCGGCGGAGCUAGAGCAGCAGCGGAGCCUGGACCUCAGCACCGACAUCCAGACCAUGGAGAUGCGCAUCAAGAAACUCAAGGAGCUGCAGAAGGCUGUUGACAAGCGUAAGGCCAUUGUGCUAUCCAUUAACCUGUGCAGUGCAGAUUUUGUCCAGUCUGUCACAGUGGAAUGCCAGGACCUGCAGGCCAGGUUGAAAGAGAUGAACAACCGCUGGGACAGACUUGGCACCUCUCGGGAGUGGAGGGCAGCACUACAGAAUGCCCUCAUGCAGUGUCACGACUUCCAUGAGAUGAGUCACGGCCUGCUACUGUGGCUGGAGAACAUUGACCGCAGGAGGAACGAGAUCGUUCCCAUUGACCCCAUCCGGGACAGCGACACCCUCCACGAUCACCACAAGACACUCAUGCAAAUCCGUGGUGAGUUGCUGGACUCCCAGAGGAAAGUGUCGUCCCUGCAGGACAUGUCCCUGCAGCUGCUGGUCAACAGCGAGGGCUGCGACUGUCUGGAGGCCAAAGAGAAGGUGCACGUCAUCGGGAACCGCCUCAAACUGCUCUUCAAGGAGGUGACCAGAGACCUCAGAGAGCUGGAGAAGAUUCUGAACAUCACUAGUAGCCAACAGGAUCUGUCUUCAUGGUCGUCGGCUGAUGAGCUGGACACCACCUCUGGUUCCAUCAGCCCGGUGUCGGGCAGGAGCACGCCAAGUCGCCGUCGAUCGCAACGGGGCAAAUGUAGUCUGUCCCAGCAGACCUCUGGACCCUCUGUGAGCAGUCCACACAGACCACACAGGUCUCCCAACGUCGCUGGGUCCGCUUCCUCCCCUUCUGAGGCCGAGGUGAUACCAUCGUCAUUCCUGUACCGCGUCCUGUGCGUGGCAAUGCCCCUCCAGUUGCUCCUCCUCCUGCUGCUGGUGGGCAUGGCCUGCCUGGUGCCAAUGUACGAGGGGGACUUCAGCUGCAGCCAGUCCAAUAACUUUGCCCGUUCCUUCUACCCCAUGCUCAAAUACACCAACGGGCCCCCUCCUGUGUAGUCUAUCAUGACAGACCAAACAUUUGGUUCUGGGUGCCGAGCGAGAUUACUUCCGGUAUAUUCCAGCCUGGCCCUGGCAUGGAGACGAACCUGAGGAGGACAGUUGGGGUUUUUGAACAUCAUCACAGUCUGGGGUUUUUAAUUGUAUUGGAACAGUUUCAAUGCUCCACUACCUUGCAGCUUCCAUGAAGAAUAGACAGAUAAGCAAUGCCGUCAUUCGGCUCCUUGUGCAAGAAACAUAGGAACCCAAAUCUCAAACUGAUCUUUGGACGUGUCUUCUUUGUGUGGUUGGAGUACAGCAGCUGUCUUUAACGUAUCUUUUGUGGCUGAUAGAAUCACUCAUGUCAUCUUUUAGUUGUCUGUCAUGUAUAGACGGGAAAAGCAUUUUUUGGGAGCAGCACAUGUAAGAACCAAAAGUGUUUCUGACUGCAGUCAGUGGAUAUCAACUGGAUGCUGGAACUGUUGGGUUGAAACACAGCUGCCAUUUGACACCUAGUUCAAUACAGAACAUGUAACCUGUGAAUUUGCCUGUUGUAAACCAUUGACAAUUUGUAAUUUAACAUUUUAAGAUGACUUUCAUUGAAUUUAUUUUUUACAUGUAUUUUGGCAUGCAGUUAUAAUCUUUGAUUUUAAUUAUGCUUUUACUUGAUACGUGUUGAAUAGUUGAUUUUUUAAAUAUGAAAUAUGAACUAUACUGUGUGUGAAGAAUCUAUUUAAUCUGAAUUGUGUUUUGAGUGUGUAUGUAAAACAAAUGAAAUAAUGAGUUGUUUGCUCUAAACUGUUUGACUGUAUAAGAAACCUUUAAAAAUAUGAACUGUAUGGAAAUAAUGUACUGAACACAUUUUGUUGUUAUUUUUGUAAUUGAAAAUAUGGAAAUGAUCUACUUACUAUUAAUCAAAACUAUAACGAAUUAUAAAACAACUGUAUAUUUUCUAUGGCUCUGUGCGUUCAGUAUUACAUGUAUAACAGUCCAGGAUUACUUAACAUGUUCUGUACAUAAUAUAAAUGUAUAUCUAUAAUGUAUAUCUGAGCCUAAAUCACAAAUAUUGAAUGCCAAAUUCUCA